GCUCUCUUGCAACUAAUUCAAGUGCAAAAUAUAUCUCAAACUGGAAAUACUAUUCAAGCUCCAGCUCUAGUAGACAAUUUAGUACUAGCUUCUGAAAUUGAUCUUUUAACUAGUGAUAUUCCAAAAGCAGAUCCUGAAGCUAGUCUAGAAAUAAAAAAUAACAAAAAAAUUAGAUCUAAAUUAGUUCCUAAAACAGAUAAAGAAUGGUUCGAUUUAAUAGAAUCAAAUAUUAGUGAACCUAGUAAUCCAGAACCUCAAGCUUAUUAUUUUCUAGAUUUGGAUAUAAAACAAAAUAGUAUUCAAUAUGCAAAAGAUAUGUUUAAAGUAGAUGAAGCCAAAUAUGCAUUCUCAAUCUGGUUUAUAGAUACUAAAGAACAUAAAUUAGAAGCUGGAAUGACUGAAGAUGAGUAUUUAAUAAGAGUAAAAUUUAUUCAAGUCGAUACAAUAAUAUCAAAUAAGGAAACAAAAAGAGGUUUUAAAAUUAUAGAUAAAUAUGAACCUAUUUGUGAGUCAAAAAGGAAAAAUGGUAAAUAUAUAAAAGGUGGCUCAAAUGUUAUACUUACAAAGAAAACAAAACCAAGUUUUUGGGUAAGAAUAGAUGAAAAAUUUCUGGUUAGAGAAGUUAGUAGGCAAUCUGAGGUAGAGAAACUUAAUAGUAAUGCAGUAAUCUAUGGAUUGUAUCGAAUUCAAGUACCAGAUAUUAAUCAAUUAAUGCCUAUAAAAGAUGAAACACUUAAUUGUGUAGCACAACAAAUAAUAGAGCAUUUUGAUCAAGCAAAAAGAGAGUAUGAAUUUACAGAAACUUGCUGGCAAAAAAUUGAUAUAUGGGAAAAAAAAAUGCGCAUUCCUGGUACUCGAGUACAAGAUGUAGCAGAAUUGGAAAAAAUUCUUAAAUGA